GAGGGGCGGGCGCUCGAGGAGGCUCACGUGAGACACCACCGGCGUGCGCACGCGCAGUGAUGGGUCCGGGUCUGAGACUGGGGGCACGAUCCUGGGGGCGCCUCCUGCCGCUCCUGCAGCCCCGCGUUGGCGCGGGCUGGCCAGGCGCGAGGCCCUUCGCGCAGGCGCAGAGGCUGCCCGGCUCGGUCCUCGACCUAGCGGCGGGGGCGCGCGGCCUCUGGAGAGCAGUGCAGCUGAACGAGGCUGGCGCCCCGGCGGAGCGGGCCGCGGCAGCUCAUGUGGGCCCCAGAUUCGACAUCGACCUGCUCGUGUCCCUCCUGAGGCAGGAGAACGCACGGGACAUUUGUGUGAUCCAGGUCUCCCCCGCCCUGAAGUACGUGGAUUACUUUGUGGUCGCCAGUGGGACCUCCACCAGACACCUCCAGGCUGUGGCCCAGUACCUCGUGAAAACGCAUAAAUUCCUGAAAUCCCCGAGUGAGGCUUUCGCGCGGAUUGAAGGGAAGGACUCGGAGGACUGGCUGUGUGUGGACUUCGGCUGCACGGUGCUUCAUCUGAUGCUUCCGGGGACUCGAGAAACCUAUGAACUGGAGAAGUUGUGGACUCUGGGCCCUUGGGACGACCAGUUAGCUCAGAUUGCCCCGGAAGCGUUGCCCGAAGACUUCAUCCUUGGAUUUAGUCCAGAAGGGGAGCCUUCAGCGUUCCCUCCAUCAGAGAAAAUAAAUGGAGAGCUUUGAAUGG